AUGUCUGACAACGAUAACACCGCCGCGGCCAAUGGCUCCUCUCCUCAGUUCACCGAGCGCGAGCUACAGCUCCUCGGAUGGGCCAUGCAGUCACUCAAGUCUGGUCCCCCAGAGAUCGACUACGACAAGCUCGCCGCCUACGCUGGUAUGAGCAAUCCGCGCUCGGCUACCAACGCCUGGGCCAAGAUCAAGGCCAAGUUGAUGGCUCCCGCUGCCGACGGAACCGUCUCAGUCACCCCCAAGAAAACCCCUCGCAAGAAGGCUGCGGCCGUCAAGCAGAAAGAUGAUGAAGAGGGUGCCGACGCCGCGACUCCGAAGAAGACUCCUCGCAAGCGCGUCGCCAAGAAGCAGGAUGUCGAUGGUGACUCCUCGCCCAAGAAGAAGGGUACCCCUCGCGGCAAGAAGAACUUGAGCGAUGAUACUGUCAAGACUGAGUCUGAUGAGGACCUCAAGCCCAACGGCUCGCCCAUGAAGAUCGAUCCCGCUGAACCCAAGGAGGAUGACGUUAAUGAUGAGGACUAG